CCCAACAAGAUUAAGCGCCCACCCCCUCCCGGCAUUCAGACGAAUGGCGCAUCCUCUUCGCGGUCAUCACCCUCAAAAUCUCCAUCCAUGUCGGCGAAGCGACCGCCUACCGCCGGGGGAAAACCGCAACUGACUCCGACCUCUGCCUCUGUGAACGGCGUCAACGGCGCGGCCAGCCGGCAAAGCAUCAGUCGAUCGAGACGCGAGACGUCCACUCAGGCGAUAGGUCGCAAUGGAAGGAACAACGGCCUGCGGUCGGCAAGCAUGGCAUUUGACAUGUCUUUGCCCCAAGCCUUUGAGCCGCGGCCGGAGGUCAUAACCGACUCGUAUAUUCUCAAGAAAUAUGCCGGCAAUCCGCCAUCACUGAUCAUACACCUCUACCCUAAUCAUUUUCGCUUCGACAAACAAGACGGCAUAUUCCCGUACAAAUCACCGAUGCGCAUAUUUCUCGACCAUGUCCGGAGUCGCACUAUUCCGCAUGAUCUUCUGGUUUAUCUGAACGAUUGGGGUAUAGUCUUCUACGAUGGUCGCUUGAUUGUUCAGAUCCACGACCACAAGUCGGCGGCUCAAGCCAAGGAUGUUGCGAGACCGACAUCUGCAUCCAGCAAAACUACUCCUUUCUCUAUACAUAACUAUAACCCCUAUAUUACACCCUCGCCCUACGUUCCAUAUCCUAAGGAGAAUUUGAAUGGGGGAGAUGGUGGCAAACCCGCCGAGAGCAAAUCCUCGGGCAACAACGAGUCGCACGAUCAGGAGAACAUGCCUGCACCCGCGGUAUCAGAAGGCCAGAAGUCGAAAGACCCUCCACAGGUCAAGAUUUUCACCGUCGUUCUCCAUCCCACACCACAGAGCCUGCGGAUGGACCUGAUGAUCAAGGCUACGACCCCAGUGGGUUCUGCGGAUGCAAAAGCUGGGGAUGGGUCCAGUAUGAUCCCGCCCCAGACUCCAAUGUCGGCAGUCCCACCGACACCCACCGCGACGAGUAUGCCGCCGCCAGCCGCCAAGAAGCUAAAACGUGAAAAAACGGAAUUGGCGGCGUGUACCUUAUACGCUGCGGAGGGUCAGAUUCUUCUCGCAACCGCAGAUCCUCUAUAUUUAGAGCCGACCAAAAACGUUGAGGAGACUAUCGCACUCCUGGAACAUAUGACUGACGCCAGGCACUCGGAACCGCCACCCAAGCCGAAGACUAGGAAGCGCACGGUAGCAGAACGCGCCGCCGACGAAGCAAUAGCAGCAGAACAUGAGAAGUACAUGCUUACUUGGGAUGAUCGAUUGUCCUCAAAUGCUGGCGGGGCACAGGGCAGUGCAGACGGUGCUGAAGGCAACGGGCAAUCGGGUGGUGCGGCGUUCGAACCGCGCUUCGAGCGUCUGAACGUGAUACAAGACCUACAACGUGAGCAUCUUGCAAAGAAGGAGCAGGAAAAGGCAAGACAGGCCGAGCAGGAGCGCAAACUGCAACAGCAAAGACUUCAACAGCAGCAAGAGCAAGCUCAACUGCUACAACAACGUCAACAAGAAGAAAGACAGCAGGAGGCCGCUCGACGGCGUGCCAUGCAGCAGCAACAACAACAGGCUGCUCAACAGGCCCAGGCCCAGGCCGCCCAGGCCGCUCAAGCUCAAGCAGCCGCAGCACAAUCUCCGCCCAACAUGCAGCACACGAUGUCGCAAGCAUCUCAUGGUCAUCCUACGCCUGUGCCUAUGUCCAGCGCACAUGCAGUCCAGGCAGCCCAACGCUUCUCCCAAGCUGGUGUUUCCUCGCCCGUGGUUCGGCAAAACACACCGCAAAACAUGUCAUCGCCUAUGGUUGGUCAUGUUCCCAUGCAGCAGACCAACAGUGGUAUGGGAGGCAGCCCACAACGACCCUCAUCUGUGGUACAAAACCAUCAGCCAAUGUCCGCACCGAUGGCUGUUAGCAUGUCAGCUAGAGGCAGUCAACAGAGUCACGCUGCCGGUACACCGCGGAUGCCCAGCGCAACUCCACAGAUGCCUCACGGCACGCCUCCACAGAUGAUGAACGCGCAGCAACGGAAUAUGCAACUGAUUAACCAAAAGACUCAGCAGCUCUACCAGCAGAACGUCGGCAAGUGGGCGGCGCAGUUUGGUGGUAUACAGAACGUUCCCCCCGAGGCACACGACAACUUCAAGCGGCAAUGCCGUACUAAGGCCCAGGAGUGGAUGCAGCAGCAGUUGGCUAUGAGGAAUCAGCAGGCCCAAAUGGCGAUGAUGCAACAACAGCAGCAACACCAGCAGCAGCAAGGCAUGAAUGGGAUGAACGGUAUGCAUAUGGGCAUGUAA